GUGUUUUUAUUUACUGAUGCGCACGCGCCGUUUAGUGUGAAACACCUCCGGGAUUCCGUAGAAAAGCAAAGGUCUCCUCUUGGAUGAGAAUGUCAUAUCUGAGACUGGUGUCGCUGUGCGCCGCAGCUCCCGGUGUGACGCUGCUGCCGGCGGCCGGAGAGCCGAAGAAGAAGAGCUGCCAGCCCGCCCUGAGCAUCGAUGAGCUGCCGUCUCUGUACUGCGUCCCGGAGGCGGAGCCUCGGCAGGCGGAGCCGGCGCCCGGAGCGCUGGAGCAGAGCGUCGCCUCGCUGAGGGAGCUGCUGCAGCCGUAUACGGACCGGUACCAGCAAAUCAGCCGAGCUGCAGUGGAGAAAGUCGAGAAAGUCUACAAGACCGUGGAGCCCACUGUCAGCAGCUCCAUAGCAACCGUCACCGAGGCGUACGAGUUCCUCAGUGACCCCCCUCCCGACCUUUACCCCAGUGUGGCGGUGGUGGGCUUCUCCGGCUUCCUGGGGCUCUACGUGGCCAAAGGCUCCAGGGUGAAGCAGCUGCUGUUUCCUGUUGGACUCAUGGCGCUGACGGCGUCCAUGUUUUACCCUCAGCAGGCCGCGGCGCUACUGAAGGUGAGUCGGGAUUCGGGAUACACCUGGGCUCAGCAGGGCCGCGUUACCAUGGAGACGCUUUGGAAAGAGCCUCCGUUUGGUAAAAAGAAGAAGAAAGAGCAAACAAAGAAAAACGACACAAGCGACAGCUGAGACGACAAGAAGACUCACACACACUCACACACACACACGUGAAAAUUAAUGUAUUUUUGUUGAAGCUUCACAGACAUCUUCACUAAACUCAUAAAUACAUGAUCAUAAGUCUGAGUAAAUAAUUAAAAACACUUUUAUAAUGAACUCAGAUUCUUGAUGGUUCCAGUUUCCCAAAUGUGAGAAUUUAUUCUUUAUUAUUAUAAUAAACUAAAAGUAUUAGUGUUGCUAAAUAUUUGAUUUACAAAAUGUCACCUUUAGAUGUUUUUUAUUUUCUGUCCUUUUGUGGACCAAACCAAAAUAAUCAAUAAAAAUAAGUUAUUUAAAAGAUCUCUAGUUCUAAAUAAGUUUUUUUUGUCUUGUUUGUAAGAAUAAUUUCUUGACUUGACCGGUUUCUAAGGAUUAAAGUUGUUUGAUUAUUUUGUUAUUUACAUGUUCUGAAGAUAGUUGUGUAUUUGGGGAAGUACUUAUUUUCUUACUUAGGAUGAAUAAAUAAACAGUAAAGUGACAGCUGCUUAGCUUAGCAUAACGGAACUUUACCCAGCUAGUGGCUUCUAGUAAUUAUGCUAAGCUAACUAGCAGCUGCUUCAUUCUCACUGUAAAGCUGAGUUAAUAAGUAUUUUAUUCACCCUUGUGCACAAUGUGAGGUCACAUGAUACAGCUGCAGUGAUCUUAUUGGUGGUUUCAAUGAUUGCUCCCUGCAUGAAUAAAGUCAAAUGAACACUAAAU